UUGCCGGGAAGCAUGAGGCCGCCGGUGGCUGGAGAGAGGCGACGAGCGCCGGUGGGUGGCGGAGGAGGAGGAGGCGAAGCGGCCGCCCUUGAGAGGAGCAGCGCGGGCGGCGGGGAGGGCGACGAGCAGCUUCGGGAAGGCAUAGGCAUGGCCACCAUGUUGUACCCCCGCGAGGAGAAGCUGGAGAAGAUGAGCCAGGACGAGAUCGUGCUGGGCACCAAGGCGGUGGUGCAGGGCCUGGAGACCUUGCGCACCGAGCAUCACUCCUUGCUGGCCGCCCUGCUUGACACCGUCAACCGCUUGGACCAGCAGCACGAAACGGGUGCCGCCCAGGAGAAAGCCGGCCUCCUGUGCAAGUCUUUGGACGCCAUUGAGCUGGGGCUUGGGGAAGCCCAGGUGAUCAUUGCCCUUUCGAGCCACCUGAGUGCUGUGGAGUCGGAAAAGCAGAAGCUGCGGGCCCAGGUGCGGCGCCUGGUGCAGGAAAACCAGUGGCUUCGGGAUGAGCUGGCUGGCACCCAGCAGAAGCUGCAGUGCAGCGAACAGGCCGUGGCCCAGCUGGAGGAGGAGAAGAAGCACCUGGAGUUCAUGAACCAGAUCAAGAAGUUCGACGAUGAUGUCUCGCCCUCGGAUGAAAAGAACGGAGAGUCGGCCAAAGAUUCUCUGGAUGACCUGUUCCCCAAUGAUGAUGACCAGGGACAAGGCCAGAGCCAUGGGAGCGGUGACGCAGCAGCCCAGCACGGCGGUUACGAGAUCCCCGCUCGCCUGCGGACGCUGCACAAUCUGGUGAUCCAGUACGCCUCCCAAGGGCGCUACGAGGUGGCCGUACCGCUCUGCAAGCAGGCCCUGGACGACCUCGAGAAAACCUCCGGCCACGACCAUCCUGAUGUGGCCACCAUGCUGAAUAUCCUUGCAUUGGUGUACAGGGACCAGAACAAGUACAAAGAAGCAGCUCACCUCCUCAACGAUGCCUUGGCCAUCCGGGAGAAGACGCUCGGGAAGGACCACCCUGCCGUGGCGGCCACGCUGAACAACCUGGCUGUGCUGUAUGGGAAACGAGGCAAAUACAAAGAGGCAGAGCCAUUGUGCAAGAGGGCCCUGGAGAUCCGUGAGAAGGUGCUUGGGAAAUACCAUCCGGACGUAGCCAAGCAGCUGAACAACUUGGCGCUCUUGUGCCAGAACCAGGGCAAGUACGAUGAGGUCCAGUACUAUUACCGGCGCGCCCUGGAGAUCUACGAGUCCCGCCUCGGCCCUGACGACCCCAACGUGGCCAAGACAAAGAAUAACUUGGCCUCCUGCUACCUCAAACAAGGGAAAUAUAAGGAUGCCGAGACCCUCUACAAGGAGAUCCUGACCCGGGCGCACGAGAGAGAAUUUGGAUCCGUCAAUGGAGACAACAAGCCAAUCUGGAUGCACGCUGAAGAGCGAGAGGAGAGCAAGGAUAAGCGCCGGGAGAAGGACAGCGCCCCCUGUGGGGAGUAUGGAAGCUGGUACAAAGCCUGCAAAGUAGACAGCCCCACGGUCAAUACAACUCUGAAAAGCCUGGGGGCUCUCUACCGACGCCAGGGCAAGCUGGAGGCUGCGGAGACACUGGAGGAGUGCGCCCUGAAAACCCGCAAGCAGGGCAUGGACGCCAUCAACCAGAGCAAAGUGGUGGAACUGUUAAAGGACGGGAACCGCUCGGAACAUCGGUCAACCCGUGAGGGGGCUUCCGGUUCCAAUAAGUGCGAAAACGGGGCUGAACCAGAAGAGGGGGCAGCAGAGUGGUCAGGGUCUGGCUCCGGGGGUUUUUCGCGGCGCAGCGGCUCCUUUGGGAAACUGCGCGACGCCCUGCGGCGCAGCAGCGAGAUGCUGGUGAAGAAGCUGCAGGGGAGCAGCCCGCAAGAGCCCCGAAACCCAGGGAUGAAGCGAGCCAGUUCUCUGAACUUCCUCAACAAGAGCGUCGAAGAAGAAGCGAGCCAGGGUUCCAGUAGUCUAUCAGAGAGCCGGGGGCUCAGCGCCAGCAAUGUAGACCUCUCUCGACGUAGCUCCUUGUUGGCGUGAGGAGCUGUUCGGCCCAGGUUCGAGCGUGAAGACCCGGGCGCCUCAGACCCGUUGGCCUUGCUGCUCCAGUAUCGUGACCACAUGUCCUUCAACGGCGCCAGGAGAGUCCCCCACGCAGCCUCUUCUGCGGGGCUGUGCCAUUGUGACUCACCCUGCCUGGAGCCAGUACCCCCUUCACGCGCACAUGUGCGCCCUCCACGUCUUCCUCUCUGUCACUGGCAUGAAGCUGCAGCUGCUCUUCAUUUGUUGCGCCUCGCUCCUGGGAGAGGGACUUUCUCAGUGGGCCCCCUAACGUGGCCUCCCUCCCUCUUCUCCCGAAUCACUCCACAGCUUCUCAUAAAGGGUCGGCUGCUCCGAUUGGCUAUUGAGGACCUCUGUCUUGCGCUCUUUGUACAUGUACACACUGUGUAUGUUUUCAAGCUGGAUGGAGCUUUUUCCUUCCCAGGAAUGCUGGGAAUUGUAGUUCUGGGGUCGGGGAAAUGAGCAUGGUGGUAGGAGAAAGGUCUUGGUUGUGUUUCGUGUGUGUGUGUGUCGGAGAAUUCUCAGCAUCCUAGAAAGCAAGAACCAACAGGCAUAGCUUCCCAAACUUAAAAGGUUUUGGUGCUCAUGGUGAGCAGUACUAUGACCCAUUUGGGCCACCAGACAGAAGAAGGAGAAACUUGGAGGGCUGCACCUAUCCCAUAACCCUCAGCUCCAUCUAGACCAGCUUGCUUCCUUGCUGUUUGAAACUAGGCUCCUAUAAAGAACUUCUUCCAAGGAGGAAGAACUACAAUUCCCAGCAUUCAUGUGGCAAGCCACGGACCCCUGACCCUCUUCUUGUGUGUGUCUGUUGCUUAAGAGCUUUGUGCUUGGGUCUCAGGGAGACACCGUUUCUUUUCCAAGCUCCGAUCCUCGCCUCUCAUUUUCCUAUCUUGCGCAUCCCUCCCAAUCAAUGGCCCAUUCUCAUUUGCAGCCCCCGUACACAGUGCCCCCCCCCCCACAUCCACUUUGUCUCCGGUGCCCCUUUGAGGGUUCGACAGUGGUCUUCAUACCUCCCCUGCAGUUUUUGUGGGUUUCGGGGGGAGGGUUGUCCCUCAGCACGAGCUCAUUUCAUGGCCACUGGCUAGGGAGAACCCUGUUAGCAGAUCACGCCCCCACCUCGCCGGGGCCCACAUUGUCAUCUUCCGCAGGUGUCGAACUCGCGGCCCUCCAGAUGUUAUGGACUACAUACGUUAUGGACUACAGUUCCCAUCAUCCCCUGCCAGCAUCAUGCUGGCAGAGGAUGAUGGGAACUGUAGUCCAUGACAUCUGGAGGGUCACGAGUUCGACACCUAUGACUGUCUUCCUUCCUCUACAACAGGCUUAGUGGAAUGACAGUGGAGGCAAGAGAGCCCAUGGGGAGCCCAGACUGCUCCCUGAAUUGGAGCCUCCCUUUCCCGUCAAGCACUCAGCGACUGGGUGUGGGAGGGUCGGGUCCGCAAGGGACCCUGGGAGGGGGCAGGAAUGGACAGGGAGAAGGGAGCCAGGGAUCCGCUUUUGAGCCAGGGAUCCGCUUAUAAUUAUGCAAAGCAGUUGCUGAAACAGAUUCACCAAACCCUCCAUCUUGUGUGUCCUCACGUUUCACACUUUGUGUUGUUCAAUCGCUUGGGGAAGAAUUGGUCAAAGUUUGAUCCCUUGCUAAAUCCGGAGCGAAAGGGCAGACGACCAGGACGUUUGCGCUCAUAUUCUUUGUUCUCGGGCCGACGCAGAGCGUUUCCCUCCGUUUUCCUUUAUUUAGAAAACCUCCUGACGUGCUUCUUGAUUUAAUACCAUGUUGGGGUUCCAUGCCUCUUCCCAGUUCAGCCUGGGAGAAUUUCGGCAGCAGCCGUUUCUCCCUUUGCUGGGGCUGAUGGGAAUCGUAGUCCUUUGCUGGGCUUCCGGCGGUGGGGAAAAUCUGGCCCCCGCUGCAGUGUGUCCCCUUUCCUUGCCGUUACCGAAAGCGCAGGGGCGUCGUCCUGUUUCUUCUGAUCUGGUCCCCUUUCUCCGUCUCUCCAUUGUCGUUCAUAGCUCACUAUUUAAGAAACUUAAGGUACAGAAUGGGGUGGGGGGGGAGAGGAAACCGGCUUCCCUCAUGACAGCGGAUGGGGAGACCACCUUCAAAGAGGCCACGGGCUUUGCCAGCGUGCGAGGAAAUACCCUUGUCAUAGGCAGAGUGCAAGGUCAUACCCAUCGCUGAGUUUGAGUGGCGGGCUUAGUAGCUGCUGUGGGUGGAGGGGGGAAUGAAUAGGAUGGGGCAAAUUUUGCUCUGUAUUUAAUUAUGUUGCUGUAGAAAUAAAAAAGAGGAAACACCUA